CGUUAUAAACAACGGCGAGCAGGUGCAGACGAAGGGACGGAAGGAGCAUCGCGCCGGUUCCCAACUCGCGAAUUCGUAUCACGCCACGGCGUGGCGUCGUGUCGCGUGUCGCGUUCGUACCCUGGUCCAUCGGCAAUAUCCGCGUCCGCAUUCCGAACCGCGUCGCGUCCCGUCCCGUGUAUCGUGCCGUCUCGUCACGUCACGUCAUUUCGUUUGCUCGCGGCGCGACUCGAUGCUAUGCCCGCCCCCGGCGCGUAUCGGCUCGAAUUUAUUUCGCUGGCGCGUGCUACUCACACUACCGUACGGCAGCUACUUUACGACCGCAACGUGCUUCAAAGUCCCGACGACCCGUAUGGUGAAUCGCAUGGUGAUAUAUACGGUGACACGUACUUGGAUACGCUGGAUCGGAUGAUUUUUAUCGGUCCCACGCCACGGUGUCGAACAUUUCCAUGAUCCCGGGAAUGCGAGCGACCCACAGCUCCGGCGGCACGGCUUGUUCGUUUGCGAAGAGCUAUGGAAUAUGGUAUUAAGUUUUCGAGUAUCUGAGCUUCAGAUGCUCCUUGGUUUCGCUGGUAGAAAUAAGUCUGGUAGGAAGAACGAGUUGCAAGCACGUGCUCUGGAGUUAUUGCGCUUGAGAUCACACCCAGCUAUUCGAUUAAAAAUACGUGAACUGUAUAAGACGAUACAAGCUGAUCAGAUGGCAGCACAUCAAAUGUAUGGACAAACUGGUAGUUCUGCCGAACCACAAAUUGACCAAAAUAUGCACAACAGAAAUUAUUAUUCAACAAGGCAAGCAAUUAGCCAACAACAGCAACAGCAAGCAUCAGUUUCUGUAGGCAAGGAAUUAACUCCAGCACAUCAAGCAUCCUUACCUCAGACACCUAGGACCAAUCCAGUAUAUCAGUCAACUCCUUACGCUAACGUAGCUUCACAACGUACAACGAAUACAGGAUAUAAUCCAUUUUCAUAUCCAGCCAAAGUUUUACCAACGCCACUACAAAUACAACCUACGAGCCAAUAUCCGAUUCAUCCGGAUGUUAGACUGAAAAAGCUUCCGUUUUUCGAUUUAUUAGGUGAAUUAUUGAAGCCUUCUAGUUUAAUGCCCCAAGGGUCAAUGAGAUUGCAAGAGAACACGUUUAUGUUUCAUCUAACUCCGCAACAGGCGACAGACAUUGCUAGCUCGCGCGACUGCCGAACUGGCAGUAAAAUGGAUUAUAGUGUACAGGUACAAAUGCGCUUCUGUUUACAAGAGACGUCGUGCGAGCAGGAAGAUUAUUUUCCUCCAAAUAUUGCAGUCAAAGUUAAUGGAAAACUGUGUCCCUUACCGAAUCCUAUACCGACCAAUAAACCGAGCGUAGAACCUAAAAGACCACCACGGCCGAUCAAUAUCAGCCCUUUGGUGAAGUUGUCGCCCACGGUCGGAAAUGAAAUUCGCGUCACAUGGUCGGCCGACUAUGGCAGGCGAUAUGCAAUCGCAGUGUAUCUCGUUAGAAAGUUAACUAGCGCGGAAUUACUUAGUAGAUUAAAAAACAGAGGUGCUAGACACUCUGACUAUACCAGAGGGUUAAUUAAGGAAAAAUUGAACGAGGACGCAGAUAGUGAGAUAGCUACCACGUCGUUGAGAGUGUCGCUGGCUUGUCCACUGGGAAAGAUGAGGAUGGCGACGCCGUGUCGGGCAUCGACGUGCUCCCACUUGCAGUGCUUCGACGCGUCCUUGUUCCUUCAGAUGAACGAAAGGAAGCCAACGUGGAAUUGCCCGGUCUGCGACAAGCCGGCGCUCUACGAUACUCUCGUGAUCGAUGGAUACUUCCAGGAAGUUCUCAACUCGAAUAAAUUACUGCCAGACGUGAAUGAGAUUCAGUUGCUGCAAGAUGGCUCCUGGGAGAAUCUAGUUCUGAAGAAGGAAAAGGACAAGGAUAAGGAGAAGAGCGAAGCGAAGGCCACUGUCGAUUCGCGGGAUAAUAAAAUUGAUGUGGAUACAGUAGAUUUAGAUGAAAGUAAUCCCGCUACUAUGACACCGAAAGAAAAGAAACGAGCUGUUGUAAUCGAUUUAAUAUCAGACAGCGAUGACGACGACGACGACAACACACCUACUCAAAGUACAAAGAAAUUAGCUGGAGUCUCAUCGCCAAAGAAGUCGCAGCCUAGUUCCAUUAGUAGUACAAGCGAAUCGCCUGAUUUGAUGAUAAUCGAUUUAGAAUAA